GAGUCAACCCAAAUGGAAGAAAGAACCACCUUUGUGGCUACCAAUGAUCAUUUCUUGGAAUGUUCUCACACACGAGUGCGUGCCUUUUUUAUCGCUUUUCGGAUUGGCCGGUUGCGAGCGAGAUUCCAAACAAGAGUCUCGUUUCACACGCGAGUGUCGGUCGACGCGUUGUCGGCUCUUAUAAAACCCAUCAAUGCCCUUCCAAUGCGCGAUUUGGAGGCUCUCCAAUGCUCGUCCAGGUAUGGCGUCUCACCAUCCAGCUCCAAUCCCCAGCGCCCUCUUCCUCCUCCUCCUCUUCGCUACCUCCUCCCUGUCCUGCCCACCAAGCGAGGAGCUUCGCAACGAGGUCGCCUCUUUGAUCGCCAUCAAGAGCUCUCUCCACGACCCAUCUCGAUCGCUCAGCACCUGGAACGCAUCCGAUGCCUGCCCCUGCGCCUGGACAGGGAUCAAAUGCCACACACGAUCCCUCCGCGUCAAAUCCAUCCAGCUCCAGCAGAUGGGUCUCUCGGGAACGCUCUCCCCCGCGGUGGGCUCUCUCGCCCAGCUCGUCUAUCUCGAUCUCUCGCUCAACGAUCUCUCGGGAGAGAUCCCUCCAGAGCUGGGCAAUUGCUCCAGGAUGAGAUACCUCGAUCUUGGCACCAACUCCUUCUCGGGUAGCAUCCCUCCACAGGUUUUCACGCGGCUCACGAGAAUCCAGAGCUUCUACGCCAACACCAACAACCUCUCGGGCGAUCUAGCCUCGGUUUUCACUCGCGUCCUGCCCGAUCUCUCCGACCUCUGGCUCUACGAAAACUCCCUCUCGGGGGAGAUCCCGCCGGUGAUCUUCACCUCCGCCAACCUCACGUCCCUCCAUCUCUCCACCAAUCUCUUCCACGGCACGCUCCCGCGCGAUGGCUUCUCGUCGCUCACGCAGCUCCAGCAGCUCGGCCUCUCGCAGAACAACCUCUCCGGCGAGAUCCCUCCAUCGCUCGGCCGCUGCAAGGCUCUCGAGCGCAUCGAUCUGUCGCGGAACUCCUUCUCGGGUCCAAUCCCACCGGAGCUUGGCGGCUGCUCGAGCCUCACGAGCCUCUAUCUCUUCUACAACCAUCUCUCCGGAAGAAUCCCGUCCAGCCUGGGAGCUCUCGAGCUCGUCACCAUCAUGGAUCUCUCCUACAACCAGCUCACGGGAGAGUUUCCACCGGAGAUCGCGGCAGGAUGUCCGAGCUUGGCCUAUCUCUCUGUCUCGAGCAACAGGCUCAAUGGAAGCAUCCCGCGGGAGUUUGGCCGAUUGAGCAAGCUCCAAACACUCAGGAUGGAGAGCAACACUCUCACCGGAGAGAUACCACCCGAGCUUGGAAACUCCACGAGCUUGCUGGAGCUCCGGCUCGCGGACAAUCAGCUCACUGGUAGGAUCCCUCGACAGCUUUGCGAGCUCCGCCACCUCCAGGUACUCUAUCUCGAUGCCAAUCGCUUGCAUGGCGAGAUACCACCAUCGCUUGGAGCCACGAACAACUUGACCGAGGUGGAGCUCAGCAACAAUCUCCUCACCGGGAAGAUCCCGGCCAAAAGCCUGUGCAGCUCCGGACAACUCCGUCUAUUCAACGCCCUCGCGAACCAGCUGAAUGGAACCUUGGACGAGGUCGCGAGGCACUGCUCGAGGAUUCAACGUUUGAGGCUGAGCAACAACUUGUUUGACGGUAGCAUUCCUGUCGAUUUCGCCAAGAACAGUGCGCUCUACUUCCUUGACUUGGCCGGGAAUGAUCUGCGCGGACCGGUUCCUCCUGAGCUGGGGUCGUGCGCCAACUUGAGCCGGAUCGAGCUCCAGAGAAACCGCCUCUCAGGACCUCUCCCUGACGAACUUGGCCGACUGACCAAGCUCGGGUACCUCGACGUUUCUUCCAACUUCCUGAAUGGCACCAUCCCCGCCACCUUCUGGAACUCGAGCAGCUUGACGACGCUCGAUCUGAGCAGCAACUCCAUCCAUGGCGAGCUCUCGAUGGCGGCCACCUCAUCGUCGUCGCUGAACUAUCUUCGGCUCCAGAGAAACGAGCUGACCGGAGUGAUCCCGGACGAGAUAUCGAGCUUGGGUGGUCUGAUGGAGUUCAACCUCGCAGAGAACAAGCUGCGAGGAGCGAUCCCGCCGGCUCUGGGACAGCUCUCGCAGCUCAGCAUCGCCUUAAACCUCAGCUGGAACUCGCUCACUGGUCCAAUCCCUCAAGCUCUGUCCAGCCUCGACAUGCUCCAGAGCUUGGAUCUCUCGCACAACUCCCUCGAAGGAAGCCUUCCACAGCUUCUCAGCAACAUGGUUUCGCUGAUUUCCGUCAACCUUUCCUAUAACCAGCUCUCGGGGAAGCUGCCCAGCGGCCAGCUCCAGUGGCAGCAAUUCCCAGCGAGCUCCUUCCUUGGAAAUCCCGGCCUGUGCGUCGCGAGCAGCUGUAACUCGACGACCAGCGUUCAACCCAGAAGCACGAAGCGUGGUCUCAGCUCGGGAGCUAUAAUCGGCAUCGCCUUCGCGUCGGCCUUGAGUUUCUUCGUCCUUCUCGUGUUGGUCAUCUGGAUCUCGGUGAAGAAAACCUCGGAGAAGUACAGCCUCCACCGCGAACAGCAGAGGCUCGACUCCAUCAAGCUCUUCGUCUCCUCCCGGCGUGCAGUCUCACUGCGAGAUAUAGCCCAGGCGAUCGCUGGAGUCUCGGACGACAAUAUCAUCGGCCGUGGUGCUCACGGCGUCGUCUACUGCGUCACAACUUCCUCCGGCCAUGUCUUUGCAGUGAAGAAGCUCACGUACCGGAGCCAAGACGACGAUACCAACCAGAGCUUCGAGCGAGAGAUCGUGACGGCGGGCAGCUUCCGGCAUAGGCAUGUGGUGAAGCUCGUCGCUUACAGGCGCUCGCAGCCCGACUCCAACAUGAUCGUCUACGAGUUUAUGCCGAACGGGAGCCUCGACACUGCAUUGCACAAGAAUGGCGAUCAACUUGACUGGCCGACGAGGUGGAAGAUCGCGCUGGGAGCUGCUCACGGACUGGCUUAUUUGCACCACGACUGUGUCCCCUCGGUAAUCCAUCGCGACGUCAAGGCCAGUAAUAUACUCCUGGAUGCCGAUAUGGAAGCCAAGUUGACGGACUUUGGGAUCGCCAAGCUCACGUAUGAGCGUGAUCCUCAGACUGCAUCUGCGAUCGUUGGAACUCUGGGAUACAUGGCUCCAGAGUAUGGCUACACGAUGAGACUGAGCGACAAGGUCGACGUUUACGGCUUCGGCGUUGUGCUGCUCGAGCUGGCAACAAGGAAGUCUCCAUUCGACCGGAACUUUCCAGCCGAGGGAAUGGACCUGGUGUCGUGGGUGAGGGCUCAAGUUUUGCUGUCGAGCGAGACGCUUCGAAUAGAGGAGUUUGUGGAUAACGUCUUGCUGGAGACCGGAGCGUCGGUAGAAGUGAUGAUGCAGUUCGUCAAGCUCGGCCUGCUGUGCACUACGUUGGAUCCGAAGGAACGGCCAAGUAUGAGAGAGGUUGUACAGAUGCUCCAAAGCAUGCAGUGAAGCAUCGAUUUUGCCUAUGUCCAGAGAUUAAAAUCAGAAAAGAGUUCUAACAUAACAACGCUGAC